CCGGAUUCGUAUGGAAAAUAUUUUGGAUGGUUUAAUAUAGAAACAUCGUGAUCCCAAUUAUCGAAUGUCAACUGUAGUGAAAUUAAAAAUGAUAAAUUUAAUGAUUACAUACUUUACAUACCGUUUCUUAGCUCUAGGGCGGAAACAGACGAUCAAAACCGACAAGCUCUUAUUCGUUCGUAAGUUUUGAAGUCACUUGUGCACUUUUCAAAACACAACAAUCUUAUUUCGGAUUAUCGAAACACGUUUUUCGCACUAGACGCGAUUAUUUUAUUAAACAAAUUUAAAAAAACGUGUUUUCAAAUUAUUUGAUGCCCGCCGCGCAACCGAUUUGCAGAACUCACUGAAGUGAGAUACUUUUAUGGGCGCUCACAUUUCAAAACAACAUAACCACUCAUUUAGCCGAUGCGGCAGACCUGUGAUGUUCGAGAAAAAUAUACACAGGUGUGACGCUGGCUCCAGCCAUCAAAUCGCGAUUUUGAAAACAGUUUUUUUUAUUAUCAUUCGUUCGUGUGAUAUCGCCGCUGAACAAAAUUGGUAAGUUUUGCAACCUUUUCGGAUCGGAUCAAAAUGUAACAUCCUACCUUAUAAAUCAUCUAUACGAUCAAGAUCGUUUCAAUAGGUUUAGUUUAAUAAUACAAAGUACCAUCCAUUUAUGAAAUUCUCGUUCAUUUCGUUGCAGAAUCUCAUUGCAUCAACAGCAACAAAGAACGCCAAGGCCUGCACAUUUUGCCUACCUACCCAUAUCACAGUGCAUAUCAGAUUGGAAGAGAUGAAGCCGUCUCUAGAUCUAGUCACCGCUCCCAUUGAUCGGGCUCUGACCGGUAAAGCCCCCUGGCAGAUUGUGGCCAUCACCACCAGUACGGUGCUGGGAGUCAUCUGGCUCUGGGAGCUACUAAACGAGGAUGAAAGUCUCUAUUCACGAGCGUAUAGGAAGUUUUUCAAACUAGCCAGAAAAAUUCCUGCAGUGAAACGAAAAAUUGAUGGAGAGAUAGCAAAGAUCAACGAUGGUUUUAUUAAGGACGUUGCUAAAAAUGGAAAAUUUACAACGGUGCUCCCAGCAAAUGGCCUCAAAGAGGAUAAAAUUUUGGAAAAAGUGGACGAGUAUCUGUCACUGGGUCAUUAUCGGUGGAAGGAAGGUUUCAUUUCCGGUGCCGUGUAUUAUUACAACCCGGAGCUAAUAAAACUGGUAACAGAAGUCUACGGUAAAGCUUCUUAUACGAAUCCCUUGCAUGCGGAUGUAUUUCCGGGUAUCUGUAAGAUGGAGGCAGAAGUGGUUAGGAUGACUGCAACUCUAUUCAAUGGUGGACCACGAGCAUGCGGAACGAUGACCACCGGUGGUACCGAGUCAAUUAUGAUGGCCUGUAAAGCCUACCGAGACUAUGGUCGUGAUGUGAAGGGUAUCACCAAACCUAACAUUGUCCUACCGAAUACUGCACAUACUGCCUUCGACAAAUCAGCCAAAUAUUUUGCUAUGUUCACAAAAACUGUCCCUGUUGACCCUAACACACUUGAAGUUGAUAUUAAGGCCAUGGAAAGGGCUAUUAAUCGGAAUACGGUUAUGCUGGUUGGAUCGGCUCCGAACUAUCCAUAUGGAACCAUGGAUAACAUUGAAGCGAUUGCUAAGCUAGGCAAAAAGUAUAACAUUCCAGUGCAUGUGGACGCCUGUUUGGGAGGAUUCUUAAUAAUGUUCAUGCAGCGAGCUGGUUAUUCGGUGAAACCAUUCGACUUCAGCGUUGAUGGCGUAACCAGUAUUUCAGCAGAUACUCACAAGUACGGAUUCACUCCGAAAGGAUCCUCGGUGAUUUUAUACUCGGAUAAGAUCUAUCGACACUAUCAGUACACUGUAACGACGGAAUGGCCAGGCGGUGUGUACGGAUCACCGACCGUGAACGGAUCUCGUGCAGGUGGUAUUAUAGCGGCCACUUGGGCAACGAUGAUGAACUUCGGCACGGAUGGCUAUGUUGAGACAACCAAAAAGAUUAUCGACACAGCCCGUUAUAUCGAAACUCAAUUGCGUUCAGUUAACAACAUCUACAUUUUCGGAACGCCCGCAACCAGUGUUAUUGCGAUCGGCUCGAAGGAUUUCGAUAUUUUUCGUCUGGCUGCUGAGUUGAAUUUACUCGGCUGGAACCUUAACUCAUUACAGUUCCCCUCAGGGAUUCACAUAUGUGUAACGCACAUGCACACACGCAACGGAAUCGCUGACAAAUUCGUGGCCGACGUCCGCUCGAAGGUGUCCCAGAUUAUGCAAAACCCGGGCAAACCGGUCGAGGGAAAGAUGGCAAUAUAUGGUGUGGCACAGGCUGUACCGGAUCGUGAACUGGUUGGAGAUUUCACCAAAUGUUUCAUCGAUUCCAUGUACUACACCCCUGAAGAGGAGUGAAGAAA